AUGUCUGGCAACACCCCUCAGCCCGCCCCUACAAAGUGUGUAGGGCCCGACUAUCGCGCUGAAAGCCAAAAACCAACUGCUACGGUCUCGACCCAGGUGAAAUAUGACAAUGUCGUCACCUUGCCGCAGACGCCUCAGCUCAUCGCGCUGCUCACGAUGAUCCGAGACAAGAACACGGAGCGCGCAGACUUCAUAUUCUACUCCAACCGUAUCAUUCGCCUGCUUGUCGAGGAAGGCCUGAACCACCUGCCCGUAGUUGAACAGACGGUCACCACCCCUGUAGGACGGACCUACGCCGGUCUUCAGUUCCAGGGCAAGAUUUGCGGUGUGUCGAUUAUGCGUGCGGGAGAGUCCAUGGAACAGGGUCUACGAGACUGCUGCCGUUCCGUUAGAAUCGGAAAGAUCUUGAUUCAGCGGGACGAGGAAACUGCCCAGCCUAAACUCUUCUAUGACAAGCUGCCCGAGGACAUUGCCAGCCGCUGGGUUCUGCUGCUCGAUCCCAUGUUUGCUACCGGUGGCUCGGCGAUCAUGGCGGUUGAUGUGUUGAAGUCGCGUGGCGUUCCCGAGGAUAGGAUAUUGUUCCUGAACCUCAUUGCCAGUCCCGAGGGCAUCCAGAACUUUGCCACCAAGUUCCCCAAGCUGAGGGUCGUUACCGCUUUUGUUGACGCCGGAUUGGAUGAGAAGAAGUACGUAUCUCCCCCGCUCGCUGCUUCCAUCCCACUGACAAAGGUGUAG